UAUCAAAACAGAGACUCGGUUUGCUUUACUCUUUUUUAUAUAGAAACAUAGAGACGACACACCAUACUACCAUAGAUUAAUUACAUAAUCUUUAAAUGUUUACGUCCAACACACACUCAUGAAUUCUAUUGGGCGGCUUAAUAAAAUCAUCCAAAUUUUCAAACGAUGUUUCAGUCGUGCUUUAGCAAAGAAUAAAUCCAGUCGGAAAACCGUCUCUUGUGUCUAUUAAAAUUCAAGCGUCGCUGUAAUAAUGUCUGAGGAAUACAUUGUUCAUUAUUUUGAUGUCCGAGGUCGGGCUGAACCAAUUCGAAUGAUUUUGUCUUACGCAGGAGCUAAAUGGAAGGACCAACGUAUUCCAUACUCGUUUCCAGCAGUCAUUCCUGCAGAAAUCAAAGCUGCUGCAACUUAUGGUCAAGUACCCGUUCUAGAGGUGAACGGUAAAUAUUUGGCUCAAACUCAAUCCAUUUGCCGGUAUUUGGCUCGUAAAUUGAAAUUAACUGGGGUUGAUGAAUGGGAGGCAGCAAAGUGUGAUGAAGUUGUCGAUGGCGUUCAAGAGUUCGCCCAAGAAUUUGGCGCAGCCUGGGUCGAACAAGAUCCUGCCAAGAAAAAGGAAAUUAUCGACAAUGCAUUGAAGAGCGGCCGCGAAAAAAUCAUUUCCCGUUUCAAUACAAUGCUAGAAGCUAACGGUGGUCAUUUCGUUGGUUCUAACAUAACAUGGGCUGAUAUCAUCGCCGCCUGUACCAUUGAUUUCAACGAGAAACUUUGGAAUAUUUCGGUUACUGAAGGAUAUCCUGCCGUCAAGAAGUUAUUGGAUACCGUCUUCAGUGCCAAUGGAAUAAAGGAAUGGAUCGCAAAGCGUCCCGUUACCAAAAUGUAGAUUUUCCGUACAAAAAUGAGUAGAAUUCGUUUUGCUGGUGAUUUAAGUUACGAAACGUAAGCAACACUGUUACCUACUGUAAGGUUUUAUUUUAUAAUAACUGCCACUGAAAAAGUAUUCUAAAUGUAAUUUCGAAUUGUUAACGAUUCCAAUAUUUGUUUAAUAAAAAAACCAUUUCCGUAGGAA